AUGGAUCGUGCACGUCAUGACCGGAUGCUCAGGCAAGCGAGCAAGCUAAAGGGGGUCGUUAAGAAGAGUGCUGGCCCUAGGUUGGCAGCUGUGCAGAGGUCCCCGGUCGCAGGUUCGGGUGCUUCCUCUUCUUCUGCUGCUGAUGGUUCCCCUUUGAGGGCUUCUGAUCAGGGUGAGUCUUUGAGGCCGAUCACAGUACUUCCUGCUCCUCUUCGUCCACAGCCGGAUCCAGAUGCAUUGCUGCUGAAGGAGCAGGGCGAAGAGUUGGCAUCCGUGAAGGCUCGGCUGAGUGUGAAAGAGGAUACCCUGGCUGAUGUGCAAGGUCAAUACACCUUGCUCUCCCGGACUCUGUAUGGAGCGAUGAUGUCCUCCUCGGUGAGGGAGGCCUCUCUUCGCCGUUCUCAAGCUCCUGUUGAGGAUGAGUCGGAAGAGGAGAGGGCUCUCUUAACCCGGGCAGAUCUGAUCCAAUAUAUCAGAGUCUUGGGGAGCGAUUGCGUAGCGGCUGCCGAGGACACCUAUAACUCUACUGUGACCCAGCUCACAUUGAAGAAUCCUGGGGUGGAGUUGGUGACCGAGGGUACCGAGCCUUAUCAUCGCGUGGAGGGUGAUCAGAUUGUUUCUCCGGUCAUCGGGGAGGAGCCAGCGACUCAGGAAGCCGAGGAAGUCCAGAUGGAGGAAUGUGCUUGA